AUGAAGGUUCUAACAACGGGGAGGAUGAACGAGCACUCGAGAAAGUCACAUGAUGACUCACAGCUCUUGGCCUCCCAAUCCUUGUUACGCUGGCCUCAGACCCGUUGCCAAGCGCGCCACGCGUGCUUUGUGACUUGCGAGAGUGUGUUGACAUCUGGACAUCUGAAGACCACAGGUCCUGCCGGGCGAAGUCUUCAUUCUGCCAACCAGGCCGGCGUGGGAACUAUCGGAGAAUUCACAGUGCCAGGAGUGGUGAAUCUCCAUUGGGCUUGGUCUAUGUGGAAGCAGAAGCGGAUGCUGGAGCAUGCUUGGUCGUGGACAUCCAGGGGCCUCCGGGCCACAAGCACAACGAGCCAUCGAGAGGAAUGCGGAACUUCCGCAGAACAAGUUCAGUACAUCUUUAGCCGCCCACAGAACCCAGCUCCGGUCUGGCCUGUGAUGGGGGAUUUCGGGGGAUGCAUGGACUUGGGCCCCACCGGUGGGGAUGUGUAG